AUGGGCGCGGGCGCAGGUGGGAGUGGCGGAGCGUGGAGAUGCAGUUCGCCGCCCAGUCACAGCAAGGGCGGUCCAUUUUGGACCGAUGCAAUGCAUGCUCGUAGUGCACCUCCAGGAGCUGCUGUUCGGGCCUUUAUUCGGGUCAGCAGGAGCAAGCUCAAGCAACUGCCGCAAUAUAGUUCUCCGUCCGCUGCUGCUCAGCCUCUUGAGCUUGUUCUUAGUCAUGCACUGACUGGCGAGAUGCAGCAGAGGCAGCAGAAGGUGGAGGAGGCAGUAUGCACAGCCUGUGCAGCACAGGUAUAG